AUGGGGAGGAAGAAGAAUCCAAUGGAUGAUAUCCCAGGGAAAAUACCAUCCAAGAAGAUGAGUGGUGAGACCCAAGGAACAAAUCCUGAGUUAGGCGACACUAGCGGGGUGUGGGACUCUAGUCAAGGCUGCAUGGGAAUGGGCAAUGCCCCUCGUGUCCUUGAUUCUAAGGGUGUCUGCGAAAUGGGAGGUGAGGCACUAGAGGUCGACGCCCUAGGCAAGGGGAUCACCAACAAUGCUGGGGCCACGACCCAAGCAAUGGGUGACUCUAGCAAACUGCUGCGCAGUGCCAUCACGUUGACCUCGGGUGGCGCUAUUCUAGCUGUGAACACCCUAGGUGACGCCACUAUAUCUGCAAAGACUUCAGGAUGGACUCAAGGAAGAGACGCUAGUGAUGGAAAGGGUGACUCCUAUGGUGACCCCAGACAAGGCGACACCGGGCUAGGCAGCGCUAGCGCACUGGUCAAUGCCAGUGAGGCGCUGGGUGACGCUAGCCAGGCACGAAGCGAAAGUGGGAAGUGGGAAGUGGUCAGGCGACGGCGUCGACGUGGUGACUUUGAUGGGAACCUGAGACUGGGUGGAUCACUUUGUGGUAGUUUGGGUAUUGGGAGAGUGGACCCAUGCAUGGGGGAGACAGACUUGGGCACCAAGACCCCGCUUAGAGAGGUAGAUGUACCAAGUUGUGGAGGGGAUCGAGGUGCCCAAGCCAAUAGAGGUAAUACAGUGGAUGUUAGGUAG